GUGCACCUGUCAUCGGAAGCCUAAUGUUAGUCUAUGGACAGCUGGCUCUAAAGGACAUGAAUCCGUUUACAUCCGAUUACCCCCGAUUCUGUCCAGAUAUUCAAAAGCAGGAGAGCCAGAAGCUGCCUCAGAAAAACAUCCAGCUUUAUGACACACCAUAUGAGCCGGAGUGCAAUGGAGUAGAGUCAGAUUCUGAAAGCUUGGUUGGCCUGAGAAUGCGAGAGAGCAAAUUACCACAAGAUGAUGACCGGCCUGCUGAUGAGUACGACCAGCCAUGGGAAUGGAACAAAGCUUUACCAGCAUUAGCAGCCCAGUUCAAUGGCAGUGAGAAGAGGCAGUCGUCGCCAUCUCCAAGCAUGGACAGACGCAGACAGCUGAGAGCUCCUGGAGGGGGCUUCAAACCGAUAAAACACGGCAGCCCUGAACUUUGUGGUGUCUUUGGAGAGAGAGUGGAUCCAAAUGUUGCACUGGAGAAACAAAUAUGGUAUCAUGGAUCAAUUAGUCGGACAGAUGCAGAGAACUUAUUGAGGUUGUGCAAAGAAUGUAGCUAUCUUGUGCGGAACAGUCAGACAAGCAAACACGAUUAUUCUCUAUCUCUAAAGAGCAGCCAAGGAUUCAUGCACAUGAAACUGUCGAAAACCAAAGAAAAAUACGUAUUGGGUCAGAACAGUCCUCCUUUUGACAGUGUUCCAGAAGUCAUCCAUUUCUACACCACCCGGAAACUUCCAAUAAAAGGAGCCGAACAUUUAUCACUCCUUUACCCUGUAGCAGUGCGGACCCUUUAGGAUCCCCAGAGACUAAGCUACCCCCCUUCCUAUGGACAGGGGACUGUGAAGAAGCAUUGUUGCCUGUACAGCACAGCUGCACUAUGAAUCAGCAGGGUACUGCAGGGGGACCAUUCAAGCACUGGCAUUGUGAAACGUCAAUUACAGGCACUCACAAUAUGUACGAUGUUGCACUACGGCUUUCAAAAGGACACUACUUUUGGUUUCAAAAGAGCCUUUGGUAAAAUGUAACAUUAUUUGGAGGGUUUUGUGCUCUUAGAAGAGUUCUUGAAAAUGCAAUGCUUAUUUGGGAGAAAUUUCAAAUG